GAACUAUCCAGCAAUAUGAAGUAUUUUCUCGGAGCUUUAGCCAUACUGGCUGUCCUGUCUCCCCCCACUGCAGCCGCCAGGUUGAGAGAACCAAAGCCCAAGGCCAAUGCCUUUGUUAAAACCCUGAGGAACCUGCACAGAGGUCGUCCGCAAGAGCUAAUAAUGUCUAGAGCCAAGGCUCAAGAGCGCUGGAUCACCCAGAAGUUGGACAACUUUGAUGACAGCAACAAUGCCACUUGGAAGGAUCGCAUCCUGAUCAACGAGAAGCACUUUGUCGAGGGAUCGCCCAUCUUCAUCUACCUUGGCGGCGAAUGGGAGAUCCAACCCUGGGACAUUACCUCCGGCCUCUUGGCGGACAUUACCAAGAAACACACUGGUACCAUCAUCACUACCGAGCACCGAUUCUUCGGCAAGAGCAUUCCCAUAACCCCACUUUCCACCGAAAACCUCCAAAAGUAUCAAAGCGUCAACCAGGCUCUGGCCGACGUCAUCAACGUUAUCAACACCCUGAAAGAGGAGGACAAGUAUAAAAAAUCCAAGGUUUUGAUCGCUGGCUGCUCCUACUCCGCCAGCAUGGCCACCUGGAUCCGUAAACUGUACCCUGACAUUAUUUUGGGCAGCUGGGCUUCUUCGGCUCCGAUAGUGGCCAAGGUAGACUUCAAGGAUUACUUCAAAGUGGUUGGUGAGUCGUACAAGACUCUUGGAGGACAGAGUUGCUACGAUUUGAUCAAGAACGCCACCUCCUACUAUGAGGAUCUCUUCGCAAACGGAAAGGGAGACCAGGCCAAGAAGGAGCUUAACUUGUGCGAAGAGUUCAAUUCUGACAACAAAAGGGAUCGUUGGCAAAUAUUCAGCACCAUUGCCAACAUUUUUGCAGGAAUCGCCCAGUAUCAAGUUCCGGCGAAUAAGGACAUUUCCAACGCGUGCUCGAAGCUAAGGGGCUUCAGCGACGAUGACGCUGAGGCGCUGUCCAAGUUCGUUAACUGGAAAGUUCAUGAAGACACUGGCGAGUGCAUCAGUGCCACCUUCGACGGAACUACAGGAUACUAUGAAUGGUCCAAGGACAACUACGAAGAUAGCGACCUGCCCUGGUUCUUCCAGACCUGCAGCGAGUUUGGAUGGUUCCAAUCUUCCGGUAGCAGUCAGCAACCCUUCGGAUCCUCCUUCCCGUCCAAGCUUUACGAAGACACCUGCAAAGUAGUCUUUGGCUCCAAGUACGACACUGCUGGAAUAAACGCCAACGCCAAGGCAACCAACGCCGAGUUCGGAGGACUGGACAUCGACGUCUCCAACGUAUACUGGGUGCAGGGUGGACUCGAUGGCUGGAAGAAGGUGGGAGCCGGAGUGCCGCAAGGUGCAACCAUCAUUCCACAGGCGGCUCACUGCUCCGACCUUGGUUCGAUCUCCGCCAACGAUAGUCCCGAACUGGUGGCCUCCAAGCAGAAGGUUAUCGCUCUGUACGAUGCGUGGUUGGCGGAAGCCGAUCUUGAAAUUUGAGAGUUUUCGUCUGAGAGAUUUGAAAACUAUCCUCUUUUACCUAUUACGUACCUUUAAGCGGUCUCAAAAACCCU